GAUUGCGUCCUAUCCGAUGCCGUCUCGAGCCAGCUUCACUCUUCUUGCCGCCCUCGAAAGCCGCGUCGGAAUUUCAUACUAGGCCCCAGGCGCUUGCGUGCGGUCGAGGGAGGGAGACGCCGUCGGCGAUGGCACGGUGCUGCCAGGGCCACAUCGCGCACUGCCUCGGCAGGAUCCUCGCCUGCCGCGGCACCGCCACCGUCGCCCUGUCCGGCCGUCGCCGGCUGUCCGGCGCGGAACUCGUUGACGGGGUGCGGAGGCUGGCCGCCGGGCUCGCGGAGCGCGGGGUCCGUCCGGGCGACGUCGCCGCCGUCGUCGCCUUCAACAGCAUUGAGUACAUAGAGCUGUUCCUGGCCAUCACAUACGUCGGAGCAAUCGUCGCCCCUCUCAACUACCGUUGGAGCUUUGACGAGGCAACACAGGCGCUGGAGCUCGUGCAACCAUCGGUGUUCAUCUUCGACGACAGUUACAGCUCGUGGGCACGUCAGCUGGUGGGGAGCAAGAAUUUCUCAUCCAUUAGUCUCUACCUCAUCCUGGGGGGCCCUUGCAGUACCGGCCAUGCUGCAAAUUUUGUAUCUGUUGAUCACAUCAGGAGGAGUGUGAGAGGAACUACAGCUAUAGAGCCCGUGUCGGCUCCAAGGGAUGUUGCUUUAAUGUGCUUCACAUCUGGGACUACUGGACGACCAAAGGGUGUAGCAAUAAGCCAUACAUCUUUGAUCAUACAGUCCCUUGCGAAAAUCGCCAUUGUUGGCUACGGUGAGGAUGAUGUCUACCUGCAUACAGCCCCUCUGUGCCAUAUCGGAGGGAUAUCCUCAUGCAUGGCCAUCCUGAUGGCAGGAGGUUGCCAUGUUCUGAUGCCGAAAUUUGAUGCCAAAUCAGCUUUUGACGCUAUCCGGGAACAUGGAGUGACUUCUUUCAUUACUGUUCCUGCGAUCAUGGCUGAUCUACUGUCUUAUGCUGGAAAAGCGAAGAUAUCAGACUGUGGGAUUACAGUGACUAAGAUUCUCAAUGGUGGCGGCGGAUUGUCAGAUGACCUGAUAACUGGAGCUUCUCAGUUAUUUCCUCAUGCUGCUAUUUUCUCAGCUUAUGGGAUGACUGAGGCAUGCUCAUCUCUGACAUUCAUGGCUCUCAACAAACCAAAACUUCAAGAACACAAGAACCAACCAGGAAGCUAUUGUGGGGGCGUUUGUGUUGGCAAACCAGCACCUCACAUCGAGAUACGCAUUGGCAUGAAUGAUAAUAACAAUAGUUCUUCACCAACUGGGAGCAUCUUAACGAGAGGCUUGCAUACGAUGGUUGGGUACUGGAUGAACAACAAGGUAGAUUCAUCGGAUUCUGUUCGGAACGGGUGGCUUGACACCGGCGACACUGGAUGGAUGGACAAAGCUGGUAAUCUAUGGCUCAUGGGCCGUCAGAAGGGUCGCAUCAAAAGUGGAGGUGAAAAUGUUUUCCCGGAAGAGGUAGAGUCGGUGCUUUAUCAGCACCCGGGAGUAGCUCAAGUUGUGGUAAUCGGUGUACCGGAUAGUCGUCUUGGGGAGAAAGUUAUUGCCUGUGUUAGCAUCAGGGAUGGCUGGAAGUGGGUUGAUGCAAGGGAUGAGCAUCAAAGAGAAGGCAAAGAGGUAUCUGCUCAGAUACUUCAAGACCAUUGCAGGCUGAAAAAUUUGAGCAGAUUCAAGAUACCAAGGUCAUAUUAUCAGUGGAGGAGACCAUUUCCAGUGACCACCACCGGCAAAAUCAAAAGAGAGGAGUUGAAGAGGGAAAUCUUAGCAACAAUGCAACUACCCAGCAACUUGUAGUUUCAGGCCCGGAUCAGUUCAUCUCUGCUUGUAAUUCCCUUGAAAGACUGAAUGGUCACAGCUUUUUGCCUCUCUUCGAGGUCUCUCCUGUGGUUGAUCAUUGACCUGUAGGUGCUUUCAUGUGAACUUGUACCGGUUGUGAAGUUUUGGGAUGUGAGUUCCUUCUUUGGCAACUAAAAUAACGUCUUUCUUGGCA